AUGGCAGAUUUUGACCCCAGCAAGAAGUAUCAGGAGCAAGAAGAGACAUUUUUUGACGACGGUCGCGAGAUCGACUUGCUGCACUUCGUCUACAACAAGCCAGACGUUGGCGAAAUCAGGGGCUCCCCAGCAAAAGUUCUUGCCGCUAUCGACGAGUAUGCUAGAAACCAGAGAUAUCUCAUGAAUGUCGGUGAAGACAAGGGCCGCAUUGUGGCAGAUCUAAUUGCCAAAGUCAAACCAAAAGUCAUGGUUGAACUUGGUGGCUAUGUUGGCUAUUCGUGCAUUCUCUUCGGGGAAGCUGUACGCAAAGCUGGUGGUGAGAGGUAUCUCAGUCUCGAGAGAAAUCCCGAAUUUGCAGCUGUUAUUGCGUCUCUCGUCGACCUCGCGGGCUUGAGCGACACUGUCAAGGUUAUUGUCGGGUCAAGCGAUACCUCAAUCAAGCGCCUAUAUGAGAAUGGCUCCUUAUCCCGGAUUGAUCUUAUGUUCCUGGAUCACUACAAGCCUGCCUACACGACAGACUUGAAGCUGUGUGAAGAAUUGAAACUGAUUACGCCUGGAACUGUCUUGGCGGCCGAUAAUGUCAUCAAACCUGGAAAUCCGCCAUAUCUUGAGUAUGUCCGCAGCAAUGUCACCCAGAAGAAGACUGCAGUCAAAACAGCCGAGUCAGUCAAUGGCGUUGACACCCGGUUUGCCGACAGGACAGCGAAGCAAUAUCUUCAGCGUGAGGGAGAAGCAAAACUAGAUGAGGCUCGAAAAGGCGAUCCAUACCUAGUCUACGAGAGUCAGCUAAUCAACAGUUUCGAACCCUCAGGUGUUCCAGUAAGAGCCGAUCCUCGUAUUCUUGCAGGGCCACGGCUAACAGUUUCACAGGAUGGUAUUGAGAUCACCCGUUGUGUGGGUAGAGUGGAAGUCUUGUAA